CAACUCAGAUUGUAAAUAAAAUAUUUUGUCGUAUUUUUUUAUUUAAACGUUGUUAUUUAUUUAUAAUUUCUAGUUACUGUUAUAUUUAUAUAAAGAAAGAAGUGUUCUUUAAUUUGAUUGUCUUGUCUGGUCUGUGCGUAGUAAUAGCCAUGCCACGAAUAAGACAAAGAACAACAAAUAGAGGCACUGAUAGUGAAGUCAUAAAAAGAGCUGCAGAAAUCUGUAUAAAAGAAAAUAAAUCUGAACGAUCAGUUGCAAAUCAAUUUGAAAUUUGUCAUGUAAGUUUAAAUCGCUACAUAAAAAAAUUGAAAGCUUACCGUGAUUCUGGUGGUCCUCUACCUGAAUGUGGUUAUCGACCUCACACCCGAAUAUUUAACAAUUUACAAGAAUCAAUGUUAACAAAUUACUUAAAAAAUUGUGCUGACAUGUACUUUGGAUUGAGCACCAAAGAUGUAAAAAAACUUGCUUAUGAAUUUGCAUUAAAAUUAGAUUUAAAAAUACCACCUAGUUGGACCAAACAUGAAUUUGCAGGUGAUGAUUGGUUUUCUAGUUUCUUAAAACGUAACAAUACAUUAUCCAUAAGAAAACCAGAGGCUACUAGUUUAGCUAGGGCAAUGAACUUCAACCCAGUAAAUGUUAAAAAAUUUAUGGAUAAAUAUGAUUCAGUUCUUGUGAAAUAUAAAUUUGAAGCACAUCAGAUAUAUAACUUAGAUGAAACUGGGAUAACUACUGUGCAAAAUCCUGGUAAAAUAGUAGCACAAAAAGGAAAAAAACAAGUAGGAGCAAUAACAUCAUCCGAACGUGGAACAUUGGUUACAAUGUGCUUAGCAGUUAGUGCUCUAGGCAAUACUAUACCACCUAUGUUUGUUUUUCCGAGAGUGAAUUAUAAAGAUCAUUUUAUUAGAGGAGGGCCACCAGGGUGUGUAGGCACAUCAAAUAAAUCAGGGUGGAUGCAAGGAGACCAAUUCUUAGAAUUCAUGCAACAUUUUGUCAACCAUGUAAGACCCACACAAGAAAAAAAGGUGCUGAUACUAUUAGAUAACCACGAAUCACAUCUAUAUUUACCAGUAAUUGAUUAUUGUAGAGAAAAUGGCGUUGUGUUGCUUUCAUUCCCCCCUCAUUGCUCCCACAAACUUCAACCUUUAGACAGGUCAGUGUUUGGUCCAUUUAAAAAAUUAAUUAACCAAGAAAUGGAUUCAUGGAUGAAGAGCAACCCUGGUAAAAGGUUUACUAUAUAUGAUUUGCCUUCUGUGACUUCUAAUGCCCUUAUAAAUGCAGCUACACCAAAAAAUAUUAUGAAUGGUUUUUCUGUGUCUGGUGUAUGGCCAUUCAAUAGAAAUGUGUUUGAUGACGAUGAAUAUGCGCCAUCAACUGUUACAAACAUUGUAUUAGAUAGUACAUAUAACAUGCAACCUAAUGAAACAUCUAAUAACACAGAAACAGUUAUAACAAACAUAAUAACUGAAACAUUAAAUCAAGAAUCAAUAACUAUAUCACCUGAAAGUAUUAGACCUUAUCCUAAAGCCCAAUUAGCACAAAAAAUGGGAAAAAAGGGUGGGAGAAAAAAAGGAACAACUAAAAUACUAACAGACACACCAGAAAAAAAUGAAAUUGAACAAAAUGCUAACAAAAAAAAUAACAUUGCUAAACGCAAACUAUUAUAUACAGAGGCUAGAAAAAAUAAACAAACAUCCAAAGCCACAAAGAAAAAGAAAAAUAAGAUAAUUGAUGAAAGUGAUGAAGAUGAUGAUGCUUUUUGUACGGUUUGCUCAGAACUUUAUUCAAAAAGUAAAAGUGGAGAACCAUGGAUUCAAUGUCAUAGGUGCAAACUUUGGUCUCAUGAAGCUUGUACUAAAAACAACUUUACUGUAUUUUAUAUCUGUGAUAAUUGUGAGGCUGAUGAUAUUUAA